UGCCCAUAAUCACAGAUAGUGUUUACAUUGUUUUUGGAUAUAAACCCGUUGUCUGUUAUAAAUUUUUUCUCUUAUUCUUAAAAUUUCAAUCAUAUUAGUAAUGUCCGAAACAGCUGCUGAAACAAUUGAUAAAGAACUUACAUCAAAUGUGGAAAAUAUAUCGCUUGGACCCGAGCAAAAGCUUGAAAAACAGGAGACUAAGAAAAUCGACAUCAUUCUACAUGCAACGGGAAGCGCACCGAUUCUCAAACAAAAGAAAUGGGCUGUUGACCAGGAAAAACCAAUCAGUGCUAUCAUCAAGUUUAUUCAUAAAUAUUUAAAGCUGGAACCUGGUGAAAAACUGUUUCUGUACAUCAAUCAGACGUUUGCCCCUUCCCCGGAUCAGAUUAUCAAAAAUUUAUAUGAAUGUUACGGAGCUAAUGGAAAACUUGUUUUGCACUACGCUAAAAGUCAAGCCUGGGGCUAGAUCCAAUCCAUUUGUUCAUGUAGAGCAAAUAUCCUUACCUUUUUCAAAAUAUAUCGAUCUAAGUCCUUAGAUUUAUGAGACAUAAAACUUGUUUAAACAUAUAGUUGUUCUGCAUCUUGA